AUGGAGGUUGUAAGAGUGGGGAGGAUAAAGCUGGGUUCACAGGGACUGGAGGUGUCGACACAGGGCCUGGGCUGCAUGGGCAUGUCUGGCGUCUAUGGCCCUCCCAAGCCCGAACUAGACAUGAUCACUCUUAUCCACCACGCCGUCCACUCCGGCGUCACCUUCCUUGACACUUCCGACAGCUACGGCCCCUUUGCCAACGAAAUCCUUCUCGGAAAGGCUUUGAAGGGAGGGGUGAAAGAGAGGGUGCAAUUGUCAACCAAGUUCGGAUUUAGCUUUGCGAGUGGGAAGAGGGAGAUCCGUGGCGAUCCAGCGUAUGUGAGAGCUGCCUGUGAGACCAGCUUGGUGCGCCUCCACUUGGAUUGCAUCGAUCUCUACUACCAGCACCGCGUCGACACCCGCCUUCCCAUCGAAGUCACGAUUGGGGAACUGAAGAAACUAGUCGAAGAAGGCAAAAUAAAGUACAUAGGCCUGUCCGAGGCCUCUGCUUCGACCAUCAGAAGAGCGCAUGCGGUUCAUCCAAUAACAGCUGUGCAGCUCGAGUGGUCUUUGUGGUCUAGAGAUGUGGAGGAGGAAAUUAUUCCU